AACACAUGAAUAAAUAAACAGAUCAAUCAAUGUUUAGUGAAGUAAAAUUGUUUGAACAAUUAAUUAAUUAAUUAAUGAUAAUAUUGUAAAAACUGGAAAUUAUUAAUUGAGUGAGAGAGAGAGAGAGAGAGAGAGAGAUGACGGAGAAAGAGGGUUUGUAAAUGUAAUUGUUGCCUGAACCCUCUUUCUCAUCUCCGUUUUGGCGAUCUUGACAACUGCAUUCUUUGAUCUUAUCGUUUGCUGCAAAUGACAUUUUCGAUAUUCUUGAUGAACUCUUGUUCUUAUCGGGAUUUGUGUGGCAUGCUAAUGAGUUAGGGGUUGGUGAAAUUAGUAAUCAAUAUAAGGUAUGGCUGGUGGAAGGAUACGAGCUAGGCUAAAAAGAAGCAGUCUGUACACGUUUGGAUGCAUACGCCCGCCGCCUAGGGAAUCUAUAGACGAGCCUCGUCAGUUUCAAGGUCCGGGGUUUUCAAGACAUGUUUGUUGUAAUCAACCCGGGUUCCAUAGGAAAAAGCCUCUCAAAUAUUGUACUAAUUACAUAUCCACGACAAAGUACAAUGUCAUCACAUUCUUGCCGAAAGCCCUGUUUGAGCAAUUCAGGCGUGUUGCUAAUUUGUAUUUCCUGUUGGCUGCCGCUUUAUCUCUCACGCCCGUUUCACCUUUCUCGCCUUACAGCAUGAUUGCACCUCUAAUCUUUGUAGUUGGGCUUAGUAUGGCGAAAGAAGCUGUGGAAAAUUGGCACCGGUUUAUGCAGGACAUGAAGGUAAAUAUGAGAAAAGUUUUAGUUCAUAGCGGAGAUGGUGUGUUUGUUCGAAAACCGUGGAUGAAACUCGAGGUUGGAGAUGUGGUAAAAGUGGAGAAAGAUGAGUUUUUUCCUGCGGAUUUACUCUUCUUAUCCUCUAGUUAUGAAGAUGGAAUUUGUUAUGUGGAAACUAUGAAUUUAGACGGUGAGACAAAUUUAAAAGUUAAAAGAUCACUCGAGGUAACCUUACCUUUGGAUGACGAUGCAUCUUUUAAAGAUUUCAAAGCAACCAUCAAAUGCGAGGACCCGAACCCUAAUUUGUACACAUUUGUGGGAAAUUUUGAAUAUGAUCGCCAGACGUAUCCCCUUGAUCCUAGUCAGAUUCUUCUGAGAGAUUCCAAGCUUCGUAACACUGGUCACGUAUACGGUGUGGUGAUAUUUUCUGGUCAUGAUAGCAAGGUUAUGCAAAACGCUACUAAACCGCCUUCAAAAAGGAGCACAAUCGAGAAACAAAUGGAUAAAAUCAUUUACGUACUUUUCACUCUUCUUGUGUUGAUUUCAUUAAUCAGCUCAAUAGGGUUUGCUGUCAAGACCAAAUAUCAAAUGCCCAAUUGGUGGUACAUCCCUGCCGAUGAUCAGGGUUUGUAUGAUCCGAACAAACCUUCAUUGUCGGGCUUUAGUCAUUUGAUUACUGCCCUGAUUCUUUACGGGUAUUUGAUACCGAUUUCACUCUAUGUUUCUAUUGAGCUUGUUAAGGUUUUACAAGCAUUGUUUAUAAACCAGGAUAUACACAUGUAUGAUGAAGAAACAUGCACUCCUGCUCAAGCCCGAACGUCAAAUUUGAACGAGGAGUUAGGUAUGGUGGACACAAUUCUUUCUGACAAAACAGGGACAUUAACGUGUAACCAAAUGGAUUUUUUAAAGUGUUCGAUAGCUGGAAUCCCGUAUGGGACCCGUUCUAGUGAAGUUGAACUUGCUGCUGCCAGCCAGAUGGCUAUGGACCUUGACGAAUCUUCAAGAAUCGGUGCACGAAGUGGGCCCGAAAUCGAAUUGGAAGUUGUACCUAAAGGUGUAAGUUGUCAAAACCGAAUCAAGGGGUUUAGUUUUGAAGAUAAUCGGCUCAUGAAUGGAAAUUGGGUUCAAGAACCCAACAAAGAUGUUAUCUUGUUGUUUUUCCGGAUUCUUGCUCUUUGUCACACUGCAAUUCCGGAGCUAAAUGAGGAAACAGGAAUGUAUAACUAUGAAGCGGAGUCACCAGAUGAAGGAGCUUUUCUUGUCGCAGCAAGAGAAUUCGGGUUUGAGUAUUGCAAAAGAACUCAAUCAAGUAUCUUUGUUCGUGAAAGACACAUCCCAUCUCAAGAGCCCAUUGAGAGGGAGUUCAAACUUCUGAAUAUUUUGGAUUUCACAAGCAAACGAAAGAGGAUGUCAGUUAUUGUUCAGGAUGAAACCGGACAGAUAUUGUUAUUGUGCAAAGGCGCAGACAGCAUCAUCUUUGAUCGUUUAUCCAAAAACGGAAGGUUAUAUGAGGAAGCCACCAAAAAGCAUUUAAAUGAAUAUGCAGAAGCCGGGUUACGUACACUAGCAUUUGCUUACAGAAAGCUUGACAUUUCUGAAUAUUCUUCUUGGAACGGUGAAUUUUCAAAAGCUAAAACUUCCAUCGGUGGUGAACGAGACACAAUGCUUGAACAUUUAUCUGACAUAAUGGAAAAAGACCUAAUUCUUGUUGGCGCAACCGCCGUGGAGGAUAAACUUCAGCAAGGGGUACCCCAAUGUAUUGAUAAACUGGCACAAGCUGGUUUAAAACUAUGGGUUCUUACUGGCGAUAAGAUGGAAACCGCAAUCAACAUAGGAUUUGCUUGCAGUUUACUUCGGCAGGGGAUGAAGCAGAUACGUAUAACAACAAAUGUGGACCACACUUCUAAUAUGGGUAUAAAGGAGAAUAUUUUGAUGCAAAUUACCAACGCAUCUCGAAUGAUCAAUCUGGAAAAAGAUCCACAUGCUGCAUUUGCAUUGAUUAUUGAUGGGAAGGCACUAACUUACGCAUUGGAGGAUGAUUUGAAGCAUCAGUUUUUGGAUUUAGCCAUUGAGUGUGCAUCCGUCAUAUGUUGUCGUGUUUCUCCUAAGCAAAAGGCGUUGGUUACAAGAUUAGUGAAAGAAGGAACUGGGAAAACUACAUUAGCGAUUGGAGAUGGUGCAAAUGAUGUUGGAAUGAUUCAAGAAGCUGAUAUUGGUGUCGGUAUUAGUGGUGUUGAAGGAAUGCAGGCUGUGAUGGCUAGUGAUUUUGCUAUAGCGCAGUUUCGGUUUCUUGAAAGACUACUUGUUGUACAUGGUCAUUGGUGCUAUAAGAGAAUUGCUCAAAUGAUUUGUUAUUUCUUCUACAAGAACAUUGCUUUCGGGCUAACUCUUUUCUACUUUGAGGCAUUUACGGGCUUUUCUGGUCAAUCAGUUUAUGAUGAUUGGUAUAUGUUAUUAUUCAACGUUGUUCUUACAUCGUUGCCCGUAAUUUCACUUGGAGUUUUCGAACAAGAUGUUUCUUCCGAGAUCUGCUUACAGUUUCCAGCAUUAUACCAGCAAGGACCAAGAAACCUGUUUUUUGACUGGUACCGAAUCUUUGGGUGGAUGGGGAACGGUCUCUACUGCUCCCUAAUCGUCUUCUUCCUCAACAUCAUAAUCUUUUAUGACCAAGCAUUCCGCUCAAAUGGUCAAACCGCAGACAUGGCGGUGGUGGGGACCGUCAUGUUCACAUGUGUCAUCUACUCCGUCAACUGCCAGAUCGCUCUCACCAUGAGCCACUUCACAUGGAUCCAACAUUUUCUAAUCGGCUCCAGCAUCAUCACAUGGUACAUUUUUCUCAUAUUAUACGGUAUGCUUUCACCCAGUCUCUCAGGAAACGUCUACCAAAUCUUUCUAGAAGCUCUUUCUCCUGCACCCAUUUACUGGCUUAGCACAUUGCUAGUCACGGUUGCUUGCAAUCUGCCUUAUUUGGCUCAUAUAUCCUUCCAAAGAUCAUUUAAUCCAAUGGAUCACCAUGUGAUUCAAGAAAUUAAAUAUUACAAAAAAGACGUUGAGGAUCGACAUAUGUGGCGAAGAGAAAAAUCGAAAGCAAGACAAGAUACCAAGAUUGGUUUUUCAGCAAGAGUCGACGCAAAGAUCAGACAUCAUUUGAAGUUUAAGUUGCAAAAGAAAUCAUCUCCUCGGGCUGUAUCCGAACCCACCCCUAGUUAAGUUGUAUAAUACCUGACUGACUUUUUUUUUGGGGGUUAAUAUGCUGCUCAUCUGUAUUGAAUUGAACCCGUAUUGGAUAUAGUGACAAACGGAAAGUAUGUUAAUGGUAGGUUGUUUGUAAGUAGUAGAAUUGUAAGAAAGGGUUUGCUUGACUAUUGGAAAGCUGAUAUAGAUAGUUUGGUAUAUGCAUGACC